CUAGAUUGGAAUGUGAAUGGCUGUCUGUCUGUGGAUGAACCUUGAGUAGCAGCUGUUAAUUACUAGAAAGGUCUUGAUUAAAAUUCCAUGGAUCAUCAUGGGGUGGUAGCAUAUAUUUUAUUUUGAUUAUAAAAUGUAGAAUGUGUUCUCACUCAUAACCAUUACUUUGUAAAUACAGUAUAUUGAAUAAUCAUUGUGUAUGUAAUUACUGUAAUAUAUUGUUUGAUUGUAUUAAUUGCAGCCUGUAGACGAAGGGCCAUCAUUUAGUGAAUUUCGACCAACUGCAAUGUCAACACCGAAGAAGAAAGCUGCACAUUUGCAAGGUGCACUGGACACUACCAUGGACAUCCAUGAUACAAGUGGAGAAAGUAUAGUAUCAAAGGGGCUUGAUUUGUCCUACAUUCAAUCAAGAAGCUCAGACAGUACAAGCGAUGAGCCAGAUGAUGUAGUAGACGACAUUAUUUCAUCCAAGAAAUUUAUAGUCUUUGAGAAAAACCUUGAACAAUUGAUGAUGUGCAGAAAUACUACAUGCCAGGCAGGAACACCAAUUGUUAGUAUAAACAAUUCAUUUAAAGGGAGUGCUGUAAUAUAUGCCGGUUACAUAAAUGGGCACCCAUUCCAUUGGGAGUCACAGCCUAUUGCUGGUUCCAGAUAUGCUGGGAAUAUAGCCUUAGCAGCCUCAACCUUGAUUACUGGGAAUACCCAUUCCACAAUGUCAGAGGAAAUUUUAGAAACUGUAAAUAUACAGACUCUAAAGAAGUCAACCUUCUAUGAAAUUCAAUCACAACUGUUGCUUCCAACAAUUGAGGCCAUGUACACUGCUCACAUUGAAGAUGUUCAAAACCGUUACGUCAAUCGACCAACCAGAAUCACAGUAGCAGGCGAUUGCAGGCAUGACUCACCAGGCCAUAAUGCUACUUAUGGAACAUAUUCAGUUAUGGAUGUGGGUCCAUACAGAUAUAAUCUUAGCUUCAAAAACAUUGUCUGUCGAUGAAACAGAUGUGAAAAACUCCCAUCACUUGGAGAAUGAAGGAUUGAAAAGAUGCCUAAAUGAACUGAAGGAUCACCAAGUUUCUAUACAUACGUUGGCAACUGAUCGCCACCCGAUGGUAAACAAGACGAUGAGAGAACAGUAUCGUCAAAUAAACCAUGAAUUUGACAUCUGGCAUCGGGCCAAAAGCUUGCGUAAAAAACUCUCUGCAGCAUCGAAAAAACACAAAGACAUGCAGCAAUGGGAAAAGUGUGUUGUAAACCAUUUCUGGUGGUGUUGUGAGACUUGUGAAGGGGAUGUUACCCAAUUGUUGGAGCGAUGGCAAUCUGUGCUAAGACAUAUUGUAGAUGUCCAUGAAUGGAGGUGUGCAACUAAGUUCUUCAAGUGUGCACAUGGAGAACAGGAACCAAAAGCAUUGCUUGAGGCAGGAGGUGAUGCUCAUAAAGCACUUCAGUCAAUAGUAAUGGAAAAGAAAUUUCAAAAAGACAUGAAGCUGGCAACUGCCUUCUGCCAUACAGGUAACCUAGAAGGGUUCCAUAGUAUGCUGCUAAAGUAUAUGCCCCAAGAGGUCCAUCUUCAACCACGAAGGAACCAUUGCAAGAGGACUUCUUGCAGUCUUGGACAAUAAUAUGACUGCAGAUAGAGGAUACGCCACUUCAUGUGGAGGUGAACUGAAGUAUGCACCGAGGUGGUCCAAAAGGUCGAAAAUAUAUAAAGGGUAUAAUUGUUGUAUGAUUACCGUAUAUUUGACUCUGUGUUUUUAUUACGAGCUAGUGUGAGAGGCUAAUCGUAACAGGUCCAAAAGGUCGAAAACAUAUAGCGUGUACAAAAUAAAAGCACCAAAAGACUAUACAUUCCGAGAUGAUCUGAUAAAAGGCGUGUUUGAUUGAGCUAUGAGUGG